UGACGAGGGGGCGCGAGAAUGUGACGUCAUCGCUAUCGUGCGACCUUCUACGUCCAUCGCGCGAACCUCGGCGGUUGUGUGACGACUUCUUCCCAAGUUUCCUCCUCGUCAGUACAGUGACCCAGUAACCAACACAGACAUCCAAGAUGGACAUGCCCCUUACACCAGAACUGAAGGCCGAGUUGAAGGCCACAGCCAACGCCAUCGUGGCUCCCGGCAAGGGGAUCCUGGCCGCUGACGAGAGCACAGGAACCAUGGGGAAGCGGCUGGCGAACAUUAGCGUGGAAAACACGGAGGAGAAUCGCCGGAUUUACCGGCAGCUGCUGUUCACCUCCGGCCAGACCAUGAGCCAGUACAUCUCCGGCGUGAUCCUGUUCCACGAGACUCUGUACCAGAAAGCUGACGAUGGAACGCCAUUCGUCAAGAUCCUGACGGACAACAACAUCAUCCCUGGCAUCAAGGUUGAUAAGGGAGUUGUCCCACUGGGUGGCACUCGUGAGGAGGGAACCACGCAGGGCCUGGACGGUCUGGCCGAGCGCUGUGCCCAGUACUACAAGGACGGCUGCCGCUUCGCCAAGUGGCGCUGCGUCCUGAAGAUCAGUACAGCUGCAGGCACGCCGUCGUCCAUCGCGAUCGUUGAGAACGCCAACGUUCUGGCGCGCUACGCAUCCAUCUGCCAGAUGAACGGCCUGGUGCCCAUCGUGGAACCCGAGAUACUCCCCGAUGGGGAACACACCCUUGAGACCUCCCAGAUGGUCACCGAGAAGGUCUUGUCUGCCACCUACAAGGCUCUGAUGGAUCAUCACAUUUACCUGGAGGGGACGCUGCUGAAGCCUAACAUGUGCACCCCGGGGCAGUCCUGUCCCACGAGAUACACCGCCGAGCAGAUCGCUGAGGCCACCGUCACCGCUCUGUCACGCACUGUCCCUGCCGCUGUGCCUGGCAUCGUGUUCCUGUCCGGCGGGCAGUCGGAGGAGGACGCCUCCGUCAACCUAAACGCCAUUAACCAGUUCCAGGGGAAGAAGCCGUGGAAGCUGACCUUCUCGUACGGCCGCGCCCUCCAGGCCUCCGCGCUCAAGGCCUGGGCCGGCAAGGGCGACCAGAUCAAGGCCGGGCAGGCCGCCUUCCUGGGCAGGGCAAAGGCCGCCGGAGAAGCUGCGUCAGGAUCAUACGGUGGUGGAGUUUCAGGCGCCGCCGCAGGAGAAUCGCUCUUCAUCAAAGACCACGCCUACUAAACACGCGCCACGAUUGGCAAACGGGGAAGCCAGCGAAGCUAAGUACCAGGCUGGGACCGGUGGACCUGUGUCUUCCGAGUCUUUGUUUGUUAAGGACCACUCUUACUAAAGCAUGAACAAA